UCAAAUUGUAGAUUUAAAACCCUAGCAACCUCCAUUUCCCCCAAUUUGUUCAUCCUCUCCCUCUCUCUCUACUUUCUCUCUCUAGGUGAACUAGCUGUUAAAUGUGCUACAAGUUAUUUAAUAACUUAAAUAACUUGGAUUUGAGAAGUAGUAGAGGAAGCAAAGAGUAGGUAGGAUGGGCAAACUGUCGCCGAAAGAGAAAGCGUCCAAGUCUUCAAAGCGGAAGAGGCGGAUGAAUAGUUCUAAUAAGUAUUUGAAGCCAGGUGCUCUUGCUCAGAUUCGGAAUAGCAAGGCGUCGACUUCAAAGUCGUGUGUAGAUAUUGGGAAGAGAAAGGUCGAUGUUAUGGAUGCAGAGAAUACUGUGGUUCAGAAUAAAUGUGCCAAUGGCAUUCCUAUACUUUUAUCACCUGAAAGGUUUAUAUACAGUCCUCGGGCUGGACCACUUGAUCUGGUCAAGGAGAAUAAUUUACCGAGAACACCCAAGAUGCAACAACCUAACGGAGAUUUGUCAGAUUAUGAGUCCAGGCUUGAAUCCCUCCCUAUGGAAUUGCUGGUCAAGAUACUUUGUCACCUCCACCAUGACCAACUAAGAGCAGUUUUCCAUGUAUCCGAGAGAGUCAGAAAAGCCGUCGUGAUAGCUCGGCAAUUCUAUUUUAACUACACCACACCAGAUAGGUCUCGGCAAGAAUUGCUAUGCACAUCAACGCCUCUACCUACUGAACACUGGCCUUUCGUAAGCAAGGGCGCCGGUAAAAGCAAAGAUUUAAAACUACCAAGCACUCCAAAAGCACCUAGGCAUGGGCCCCGCCCCCCUUCGCGCCUAAAGUUAACUGAAAUGCGCCAAAUUGCGGCAGUUUUAUUUCAAGAACCGGCAUUUGCUCCUACAUACAUUGUUCCAUCUCUGGUACCGAAACCAAUCUGCAAACCGUAUGCUUCCAACCGAGUGUUGUUCUAUGAUGAAGAGCUUGAGCUUUGCCAGGCUGUUGCUCAGAAUAAACUUCGUUAGUCUUCGUUUGACUGUUUGAGUCAUCCGUUUGUCAUGUACAGUAGUACCCCGCCCCUAAGUUUCACGUUUUAGGUUUGUACGACUAGUGGGUAGCUAGAGUAAGGUGGUACAAUUUUGAUAAAUUAAAAGGGACUGUCAUCGUCUUGAUGCUGGCCGACGAGUGGUAGAAUACUAUGGGUUAUAAUCAAAUAAGGUUUUAGUGUUAUGUUUUUUUGUAUAUAUUGUGAGAACACUUUGCUUUA